CUUUCAGGCGGGUGCCGGGGGGGGAAUAUCGGGGCCCGGGCGGGGGCUCCGGAUGGUGGCGGCUGUGGGUGUGUGCGUGAGAUUGGGCGCGCGUCUGGAGCUGAGGGGAGGGCUAGGAGACUAGAGGCUGGGCUACUACGUGAUGCAACAGUGUAUCGCCUCAUCGCGCCCGGGUUCCGGAGAUGUGGGAGAGAAAGGACCCCUUCCCUCUUUUCCCUUUAAAGGGUUUCUUUCAGGCACGGUAUUUCUCGGCUGCCUCCCUCUCGGCGUGCACACCUUUUCUCUCGUGACAGUCGAGAGAGGCACCGAGUGCGGGGGUUUCCUCCUGACUCCCCCUCGCCGAGGGGCGACCAGGGCAUGGGAAUUGUUCCCCGAAGCGCGCUGUCACACGGCCGUAGAAGCGGAUCAGAAAUGAAAGGCUGGGAUUUCCGUGGUGGCUUCCCCAUCGUGAGAGCCGGGACACCCCCAGGCACCCACCCGGCUGACCUGGCCCUGCCCAGGAUGUGGACAAAAGCCCUAGCCACACACACACAAAGUUUUCACAAGGCCCCCUUGUCGUGGUGGGUGGAAGUAUUAAAUGCUCCGAGGUUAGAAGACUGGGGGCGGCGAACCGAGGAGGCGCGGACGCGAGGAAGAGGAAGGUUAGGGCGGGCGAGUGGAGGACCCGGUGCCCCGCGGCUCUGGGCGAGCGAAGGACCGAGGGUGCGCUCCCGCCCCAAAUUCAGAGCCGGGCAGGAGCAGCGCCUGGUGGGGUGCAAGACUCAGCUCGCGAUUCAGAGCCGGACUUUGAGGGUGCGGUCUCAGUCGGUGCUCCGCAUCCUAGGGUGAAAGGCGGUGGGGGGGUGGGGGGAGGGACGGCGGCGGCCCUUCCUUUUUUAUUGAAAGGAGCAGAGCCGGGUGGGAAAGGCGGAGUCCUCCUUCCUUCUCUUUCCCCGUUUCUUUGUCGAUGUUCGAAGUCCACUUUCGCACCACCGGUUUUGGGGCGCGCCUCGAGCGAGGUUUUUCCCGCUCUGCCUCCUUCCUUUUCUCCUCUCCCUCCCACAACUGUGUGGCCGCAGGUGGUGGCUUGAGAGGUCUUGUGGUUCCACACGAGAGACUUUCAGACGUACUGGAAGCUCCGAAGCCCCAGGAAUGCAAGGCUGUGCUCGGACUCCAAGCUCUUCCUCGAACUCCUCUCCAGAUACACGCGCCUUUUGCUGCCCCCGCCCCCACCCCGCCCCGGGAACUUCGCGGGGUCCUUCUGCGUGCUUUAACUCGGUUUGGUGGUUUGGCUGCAGGCGUGUUUUCAAAGACGUUCUCCACUGUCACAAUGUGCUGUGGUCCUAUUGAAGUGUAACUGGGUUUUUUGGGCAUUUUAUACUCUAAUAUUUAAUGACCUGACGCUUAAGAAUCAGGUUUCCUCUUGCACACAAAUUGUGCCCUUGAUAAUUAGUGGUCCUGGAUUAUUGUUACUGAGGGAAUUUACAUAGUCUCUGUGCUAAUCCCUUUAUUUUUCUGGUGGGGGAAAUUGAGGUACAGAGAGGUCAAGUUUAUCUGGUUAAAUUACCCCCUUCUCUCUCACCGUCCCCACACUGUACUUAUUUCCAGGGCACAUAUUUCCAUAACUAAAAUAACUGAUAACUGCUUGAGAUUAUUGGAGAGUGUCUAGGAAUGCAAAUUUGGGGGGGGGCUGUUCAGUAACACCUAUUGCUGGUGCAUUCUUGAGGCUUGGGGGAGGUGGAAGAAAUAAUUUGCUGCACAUUUUCUAUAAAUUAGUUAGUUCAUAUAUGUCAGUUAAAUAGGAACAGUAUGUGGAUUUGAGAUUUAGUUGUGUGGCCAUAAUCAUAUCCAACACCAGGUCUGCCAACCAGAUGUGAGCUUAAUCCCACAAAAUUCUUCUCUAAGACCUCUUAUUCAAAUAAUAGAGGAGAUUCCAAAAAGAGUAUGUGUACAGAGGAGGUAACUGCUUUCUCUGCACAUUCCCCGUUGUCACUGGAAUUAAGAUUAAAUUGCAGUUUAAAAACAAGAUUUUUUUUUUUUUGGACUGAGCUGUGGUCUGGGUGAUCAAAAGUUGACUACAAAGUUGAAAAGUCUUUUCAUACAUUUCCAACGAAUUGUUGAAUUGUUUUACUUUGUUCAUUCAGUUCUUGCCUUAAGUGUCGUGCCUAUAGUCGUACCUUCAAAACAACUCUCGUAAAUACAGAUUUAUCCAAACUCAGCUCCAAGGGAUCAACACUACAUCCUUCAUCUUAGAAUUCUCUGCCCCUUCUGUUCCUUUAUCUAUUCUCUGAUAUGAACAAAUGAAAGGAAGAGUGUGUUGAGAGAAAAGAACCACUCCAAAGUUGAUCUAUGUAUGAAUGGAGUUUCCCUAGUUACUCCUUUAGAAUUUAGACUUUUUAAAAAAGUUGUUUAGGGAAACAUGAAUAGAUCUCCUUUCCCUACAAACUGCCUCUCCCAUCCAGAUUGAAGGAAAGUUCAGUUAGAAUAAUUUGCUCUCAAUGUUAGGCAUUCUUGAACUUGAAUGUCUUUGUGUGAUAUCCUAGGUAAAUACGAGAUUUUACUGGGGAAAAACCUUGUAUGGCAGAUGCAGUAUUUUCUGUCUUUUGAAUUGGUUAUAUUCCGUUAUAACCAUUUAAACCUUAAGGCUGAAUUAAGAUGUUUCUUAAGUUGAUUUGUUGGCUGGAAAACAAAAGUUUGAGUUUAGUGUGAUACUGUUUAUUUUUGUUCUAAUCUCGACCCCUAGUGUCUCCAUUUUCUCUUGGAUGGUGUUGGUGCCUGGCUCUGAGAAGACCCUAAAGCACAUCUGUUUCAGAAUAUAACUAAUGAUUAAUGAGAGCAUUUCUCCCUUAGGGAUGUGUCCACAUUUUGGGUGAGUUAGUAUUUUUGCAUCCAAGUCCCAGGACAGCUAUUAUCUUUCUUUUAAACAGAACAUGGUAAUUUACUCUACCUGGGAAUCAGGCUUUAUGUAGCUGAUCCACUCUCUCUUAAGGUGUGGUGUUCAAGUUAUAUAGCCUAGGAGUUAUAUAGCCAAGGAACUUUAAGAGAUUAUUCAGUUCAGCCUUCUUCCCAAUGCAAAAAUAUUUCUUACUUUAUCCCUAACAGAUGGUAUGUAUUUAAACUUUUGCAGCGAUGGAGAUUUCGCAUGAUAUCCUUCAAGAAACCUAUUUAAUUAUUCUUUUAUCUGUGGAGCCAAAAGAAAUGGAAAAACCAAGUUCAUUCACUCAUUUAAAAGUAUUUACCGAGUACCUCCUAUGUGCCAGGUACUGUUCUGGGAGCCAGGGUUACAUCAGUGGACAAGAGAGACCUUCUCUUUUUACCUGGAGCUUUUAUUUUCUGAGAGAUUUAGUGUCUAUGCGUAGUGAAGUGAUGAACUUCAGUGAGUAUGGAGUAUGUAAGCCAUUUAGGGAGAAAGGAAAUUAGGUGCCUGUUGCUGAGUCAACACUUAUGAUGCAGGUAAAGAUCUUGUCUGGGAAUCAUUAGAGACGGUUCCUGAAGAUAUGGUCUGUUUUCAGCAGGAGGAGGGUGAGGACUGACAGUGAAACGUUAUUUUCCCGUGGUACAAAAUUGCCAUUUCUAAGACUUGAUGCUGUGGUCCUUGCAUGAAGGAUUCUGGCUCUUUUGUACCUGGCAAAAGCUUAAUGGAGCUGAAAAAGGUCUGCGGGAUGGCUAUCUAAAUGAUAAAGGGACUGUCAUCUAGGGGGAGGUCUUUAAAAAUUAAAAUUCUGUCAGUGGUAUAAAUUAUACACACUGAGACUCUAUAAGCAAUUAUUAAGGAAUGCUGGAAGUGUUUGAGGUAUAGUAAUCUGUCCUUUUCAAAUCUUUGAAAGCUAUAGUUUUUUUUUUUAUGCUUUAAAAUAUCUUCCUUAAAAAUGAAGUGUUUACAUUGCAAUGAAAAACAGACCUGUGGAAAUUGAUUAAAAGAACAAAACUACCCAUACCCCACCAUCCUGAUGUAAGAGUUAUUAGAUUGUUAGCACGUUUUCAUCAACUUUGUGAGAUUUACACAAGUAAGCUUAACCCAUCUCCUAAAAGCUGUGACUUAGAAACCAAACUGUGUGUCUGCUGAACCCUGUCUUUUUGGACACCCAUAUAAUUGACACCGAUGCUUAGUGCUUUCAAAGGGGCCACCCUCUGUCUGUGUCCAGACAAAGGAGCGAAUGAUUUGGAUGUCCUACUUUGAUUGAUUGCCAGAAGGCCUAGUAUUUAUAUCCACUGAUGAUGCCACAGCUGAUAAUGAUCUUUGGGUUUAGACUUCCUGUGGGGCAGGGUAUAGAGUUUUCUAAGCCAGUAUUUCUCUUUAUAGGACCUUAAACUUGACUGGGGGUGGGGUGGGUAUGGGCUGCUCUUGGAUUUUAUAAUUUAUUGAAAACUCUUUCAUAGACCCCAGUUGACCUGUUUCAACUGGGGUCAGUGAAGUGAACCAUUAUUUAAACAAAGACCCAGCAGAUCCAAAGCUUCUAUCCUGUUCCCUAAGGAGAUCUACUUUACAAUAUAAUUGAUACCUGCUUUGUGGUUGUUGUUUUUUAAAUCCAGAUUGACAGAAAACUCCCUCCCAACUAAGCAGUACUGCCUCUGACCCACUCAGGCCUGCUGGCAACCUAUCAAUGCAACCACUGUGGAACAUGAAAACCAAUAUUUGGGCUGAGGUGAUAGAGACAGGCUUCUAAAAAUAAUUUGCUGGGUGAUAUGAAAUCAAAUUUGUGUCCUCUCAGGCCUGGCCUCAGGUAGAAAUCAGGAGUCUUUACCCUCAUAUGCCAGAACCAAGGCAUUAGAGACACCUUUUUAAGGAUCCAUGCCACUGAGUGUGAGUGUCUUGCUCAAGUCAAAGGAUGCAGGAACUUGACCUAUGUGGUUGCAUUCUGUCCACCUGCUGAACUGUGACCGUGUGGGAUUGAGUGUGAUAUUUUGUGGGAGGGGCAGGCUGAGAUGAAGAGGUUGAUCAGGCUUCAUGUUCCAAAAAGAAUGUCUUUGGUAUCCAACAAGCAGAAGCUUUGUUCAUGCCCCCCUCCUUUUUUUUUGCAUUUUAAAAAUUGUCGUGAAAAAAUACAUAGCAUAAAGCAUAAGCCUCUGAAAAGAAUAGAGUAUGGCAGCUGAAAGCUGGGGAAGCAAAGCCGAGAUGUUCCUGAUUGAGGGGCUUGUGCCAAAGCUGGACUCUGAGGAGGUGAAAGGGAAGAUGCUUGAGGAUGUGAUCUCCUCCAUAUGGAAAUUCCUUAGCUAUGUGGCCCUGCUGCAAGUCACAUCUUUUAGCCUAAAGAAAUUGGAAAGCAUGUGAAGAUGGGCAUCACAUGUGAAUGCAUGAUAUGAGGAGCCCAGUUACAAUUUCUACUCCUAUCUGCAAAUGAAUAGGCCCAGAAAGAUGUGAGGGACUCUUUGAUUGAAUGGAUAUAAAAAUUCUACUUGUUAAGAACAAGUUUGGCUCUGGUAACUGACCUUCAUAGCUAUAAUUUAAAACUACUUGAGAAGUAAAGACAUUUUGUAGUGAUAGUACACCCAUAUACCUGUGACAUUCAGCCUGUGUGAAUGUUGAAAUAAUAGUAAGUAAUGUCAAACUCCAUUUUCUAGCAAGUAUUAUUUAUAAGGGAAUUAUGUCUCCAAAAAAAAUGUGUGUGUGUGUGUAUACACAUACCUGUUUUGAUAAUUAAGUAACAUUACUUUGGGAUGAAUUUAUGAUUUUCUUCAUAAGUUUUUUCUUAUAGAAGAAGUAAUACAGAUAGCUUAGAAAUUGAAAAACAAAACAACCCACAACAACCUAAACACAUCCAUAGCCAUUCUUAGUUUCCUAAUCCAUCUGCUUCAUCAGAUAUUUCUUUCAUACUUUCUCUGAGCAGAUGCUGAAGUUACGAUGUUGAGUAUUUGAGAUGCCAUCCCUGCUGCUCUCUAAAAAUUUCUCUGAAGGAUGGGUAAGGAAGCAAAAGGAUGAGUAAGGAAAAUGAGGUGGAAAAGUGUACUAAGCCAAGGGAAUAGCUCCUGCAAAGCUCUGGGUGUGAGACAGCCUUUUGAGGAAAUCCACCUAUGACGUCACUGUUCAGGGUGGGGUAGAGAAAAUAGAUGUGGGUCUAGGCAGGUGGGAGGAGACCAGAUAAUGCAGUGUAUUCUUUAAGACACGUGCAUAUUUUCUACACAGUUUUAAAGAUAUUUUAUAUCCUACCCACCCUGUGCCCCAACUUAAGAUAUCUCAGAUUCUUGGAAUUGGUUGAUAGAAGACCUUGAAAGCCUGCAGAGUAUUGAAUUCUUCAGGAUUCAGUAGAAUAGAGGGGAGAUGAGAAAGGAUAGAGGAGUUGAUUCCUUUCAUGACCAGAUCGCAUCCUUAAGAAUAGAGGAAGUGAAGACAGAGGAAACACACAAAGAGGAGGAGGGAUCCAGUGACAACAUCCCCAGUAUAGGUCUUCCUCUGUUUAGUGUUCUGUAUUGAGGCCUUCCUCAAGAUGUAGAACUACAAAGUCUUGUUUUCUUAAACAUUGAAGCAAGUGAGUCCUAGAGGGUGGAAGAAUGGUAGGACCCCUUCUAUCUUGGACUACAAGUGUCCAACAGUGUUCUCCAUAAAGAAUAUUAAAAAAAACCAUAGGAUUCUAUGAAAGUAGGAGUAAAGUCUAUUAAAAGCUAUGGUUUUCUGAAGACUUAACACCUUUUCAUUCACUUCAUCCUUCUGUGUAUUGUUUUCAUGUCAAUAUAAAUUUUGUGAGUAUCAUUAAGGGUGCCCAUUACAUUUACUCAGACCUACUGUUGAAAGGAAAAGGCUUAACCAAAACCAUCUGUGAACAGGAAGCUGUUUAGCAUCCUGAUUUUUAAUUUUUUUUAAAGAUGAAAGAAAUUGAUGACACAAAUAGAAAGAUAUACCAUGCUCAUGGAUUGGAAGAAUUAAUAUUGUAAAAAUGUCCAUACUACCCAAAGCAAUCUAUAGAUUCAAUGCAAUCCCUAGGAAAAUGCCAAUAGUAUUUUUCAUGGAACCUAGAACAAAUAAUCCUAAAAGUUGUAUGGAAUCACAAAAGACUUCAAAUAGGGCAAUCUUGAGAAAGUACAAAGCUGUAGGUAUCACAAUCCCAGAUUUCAAGAUGCACUUCAAACUUAUGGUAAUUAAAAUAAAAGGUACUGACACAGAAAUAGACACAUAGAUCAAUGGAACAGGAUAGAGAGCCCAGAAAUAAACCCAUACUUAUGUGGCCAAGUAAUCUAUUACAAAGGAGGCAAGAAUAUACAAUAGGGUAAUGAAAGUUUCCUCAAUAAAUGGUGCUGGGAAAACCAGACAGCUACAUGCAAAAGGAUGAAACUGGACCAUUUUCUUACACUAUACACAAAAAUAAACUCAAAAGGGAUUAAGGACAUAAAUGUGAGACUUCAAACCACUUAAAGGAAGUAGUAAUCUCUUGGACAUUGACCUUAGCAACAUUUUUCUAAAUAUGUCUCUUGAGACAAAGGAAACAAAGCAAAAGUAAACUAUUGGGACUAUACCAAAAUAAAAAGCUUUUGCACAGCAAAGGAAACCAUCAACCAAACUAAAAGGCAACCUACUGAAUGGCACGAGAUACUUGCAAAUGAAAUAGCUAAUAAGGGGUUAAUAUCCAAAAUAUAUAAAGAACUUUCACAACUCAACACCCUCCCAAAAAAAUCAAUUAGAAAAUGAGAAGAGGACCUGAAUAGGCAUUUUUCCAAGGAAGACAUGCAGAUGGCCAACAGACAUAUGAAAAGAUGCUCAACAUCAUUAAUCAUAAGGAAAUGCAAAUCAAAACCACAAUGAGAUAUCACCUUACACCUGUCAGUACCAAAACAAUAAGAAAUAACAAGUGUUAGCAAGGAUAUAGAGAAAAGGGAACCUUCAUGCACUGUUGGUGGGAAUGUAAUUGGCACAACCAUUGUGGAAAACAGUAUGGAGUUUCCUCAAAAAAUUAAAAAUAGAAAUACUAUAUGAUCCUGUAAUUCCACUAUUGGGUAUUUACCUAAAGAAAAUACAGACAGUACUUCAAAAAGAUAUAUGCACCUUUAUGUUAUUGCAGUAGCCAAGAUAUGGAAACAACCUAAGUAUCCAUUGAUAAAUGGAUAAAGAAGUUGUGUGUGUGUGUGUGUGUGUACA